GAGAAAGCCGUGGCCCUCGGUCAAAGUAAGAAGUAAAAAGUAAAAGCAGCUGGCCGCACACAGAGCUUCCUUCUCACUUCUCACUUCUCACUUCUCACUUCUCAGUUUCUCACUGUUCAUUAUUUCUCGCAUCCCUCUCUCAUAUCUUUCCUUCUUCUUCAAUCCCGAAGAAACCCAGAAUGGCCUUCCACAAACUCCGUUUCCUUGUCUUCUUUUUGUUCUUGUUCGCCAUCUGUGUCCCAAUCUCAAUCAACGCCCAAAACCAGGCCCCUGCACCCGCCCCUGAUGCCUGCAAUGGCAUCUUCUUGUCCUACCUCUAUAUCAAGGGUUCCCGUCUUCAUCCCAUUGUCACUAACCCCUCUCUCCAACCUUACAGGUUCGAGUCCACCCUCAGGAUCCUCAAUAACGGUCUCGAAGACCUCAAAUCCUGGAAGGUCUUUGUUGGGUUUCCACACAACGAGGUUCUUGUCUCUGCUUCUAAUGCCGUUUUGGCUGAUGGGACCAGCCUCCCCGCCAGCGUUGGUAAUGGCACCUUCUUUGCUGGAUUCCCCACCACUGAUCUCAAGACGGCCGUCGAGACCGCCGGUGAUAUUAACCAGAUGCAGGUUCUGAUUCAACUGAUUGGUACCCAGUUCGGCGUUAAGGAUCCAAGUGUUCCCAUGCCCUCCAACAUUUCUCUUGUCAAUGAUGGCUUUUACUGUCCUAGAUCCACCAUGCAAGGAACAAAUGAGAUGCAUGUAUGCUGCACAAAGGACCCGACCUUUAAAGCAAAUGUUACCUCAGAAGAGUUCCUGCCCCGCCAAAGUGGUGAUCUCACUAUUACCUAUGAUGUAACCAGUUCAUAUGACACAAAUUAUUGGGCUCAGGUCGCAAUCUCAAAUCACAACCCUAUUGGUCGUCUUGAUAAUUGGAAAUUGAACUGGGACUGGAAGAGGGAUGAAUUUAUUGCCUCCAUGAAGGGGGCUUAUCCAUCUGUUGUAGAUACAACAGACUGUUUCUUUGGCCGGCAAGGUGUGUUCUACCAAGGUCUGGAUUUUUCUACUAUCUUAAAUUGUGAGAGAAGUCCAACCAUUAUUGAUCUCCCUCUGUCAAAGGCCAAUGACUCAAAGGUUGGAUUGAUCCCUUUCUGUUGCCGGAAUGGGACAAUCCUGCCCCCAACCAUGGAUUCAAGCAAGUCAACUUCAGUUUUCCAGAUCCAGGUCUAUAAAAUGCCCCCGGAUCUUAAUCGGACUCAGCUCUUCCCACCACAGAAUUGGAAGAUCAAUGGCACACUCAACCCAGAAUAUAAGUGUGGGUCUCCAGUACGUGUGAGCCCUAGCCAAUUUCUGGACCCCAGUGGGAUGCCAUCAAAUUUAUUGGCAGUUGCUAGCUGGCAAGUGGUAUGCAACAUUACACGCUCUAAGGAUUCACAUCCAAGAUGCUGUGUUUCAUUUUCUGCAUUUUUCAAUGACUCUGCCAUCCCAUGCAAGACCUGUGCCUGUGGUUGCCAAAGUAAUCCAAGAAAUACCUGUAGUACUGCCGCAUCUGCACUUCUCCUUCCAUCUGAAGCUCUUCUUGUCCCAUUUGAGAACCGAACAAGAAAGGCUUUGGCUUGGGCAGACCUUAAACAUCUAACUGUUUCUAAACCAUUACCCUGUGGCGACAACUGUGGAGUCAGCAUCAAUUGGCACUUAUAUACAGACUAUAGCCGUGGUUGGAGUGCAAGAAUAACCCUCUUCAAUUGGGGUCAAACUAAUUUUGCAGAUUGGUUUGCUGCAGUGCAACUUGACAAGUCAGCACCUGGUUUUGAAGCAAUGUACUCCUUCAAUGCAAGUCUGCUGGAAAUGCAAGGUGUAAGCAACACAAUAUUUAUGCAGGGUCUUCCAGGACUGAACUAUCUUGUAGCAGAGAACGAUGAGACUGAUCCCAGAAUGCCUGGGAAACAGCAGUCAGUUAUCUCAUUUACAAAAAAGAAGACCCCUGGUAUCAAUGUGGCAGGUGGAGAUGGAUUCCCCACCAAGGUUUUCUUUAAUGGAGAAGAGUGUGCUCUCCCCUCAGUUCUCCCAACAAACACUGGUUAUAAGAUGGUAGCAUCUCAGAGCAUUUUGGGCUUUCUUCUAGCUGUUGCAGUUCUCAUGUUAAUGCAGCAAUUGCCAUGGCUUGAUGUAUGAAGGCUUGCUUCUUACCUUAUGCAAGAUCAUUUGAUUCUUUUUCUAAUUUAAUACGUAAGAACAAUAUUAAGUGCGAGAAAUGUUGAGUUAAACUUUUUUAUUUCUUUUAUGAGGUAAAUCCAUUCAUUUCAUUUACCUCAGUUGAGCGCAUGAGUAGAUCAAGUCGCAAAUCUCAAGUGACUGAGUGAGCAGGUGACCUACUGGUCUCAGAUUUCUGGAAUUUUGGUGGCAUAAUCAUUUGAUCCUUUCCUGAAGGAGUCUUGAUUCGGCUAUAGACCAAUCUGUUAAUGUUUUAUUUUA